UGGGUACUUCCCAAACAACAGAGCCUGAACAACAAGGCUGCUCGCCCAAGGCAUGCGGGAGCCUGAACAUCUCGUACCCGUUCUGGCUGGAGGAGCCAGGGCAGCCGCCGUGCGGGUCGCCGCCCUUCCAGCUCAAGUGCAACAGCAGCGGCGCGUUCCUGACCCACUCCAUGUUCCAGGCGUACCGGGUGGUCAACAUCUUCAACGAGAACAACUCUCUGCACGUGGUGGACGAGAACCUGCCACUCGCCGCCGGCUGCCCGGCGCCGUGCUUCAACAUCUCGAUCGCCAUGGAGUUCAUGGGGGCGUUCGCCGUCAGCAGAGCCAACAGCGAGCUCCGGUUCCUCUCCCGAUGCGACGAGCCGGUGCCGGAGGCUCUGCUCUGCCUGGGUUCCAGCGCAUGCCCUGCGACAACUCCUCGUUCGUCGGGUUUAGACGGCGGUUCGGGAGCUACAGCUACAGAGAGCACGGGGCGGGGGCGGCAACACCGCCGGGCUCGGGCUGCCUUGUCGCCGUCAUGCCUACCGUCCCGCCGCCAGACCGGGACAGCAGGCACAACUACGUCGCGGGCCUGAGGAACGGAUUUCUCCUCGAGUGGACGGCGGUCUCGGGGGAUUGCUCCAAGUGCACUGCAAGCGGCGGGGAAUGCAUGUACCCUGCCAACGGCCUGGCUUUCUCCUGCAAUUGCCCAGACGGCAUACAUUACCCAGUGAGCUGCGGUAGUAAGAGGACUGGCAGAAGAACGAUAAUGUCAAUAGUGUUGAUGGCAGUAGCUGGAACCUUGCUCCUUCCAUGUAUUUAUUUGCUGAUAUGUCAUAUAAAGGGACAAAAACCACGUUUUCUCAUCAGCAAAAUGACUGUCAACAAAAACGAAAGGAACAUUGAGGCCCUAAUUUCAUCGCAUGGAUCACUAGCUCCAAAAAGGUACAAAUACUCAGAAGCAACAAAAAUAACAUCUUGUACAAAUAACAAGCUCGGUGAAGGCGGUUAUGGUGUGGUUUUCAAAGGAAGGCUAAAUGAUGGUCGUCUAGUUGCCGUGAAAUUCUUGCAUGACUACAAAGCAAAAGGGGAGGAAUUUGUAAAUGAGGUUAUGAGCAUUGGCAGGACCUCACAUGUUAAUAUUGUCAGCUUGUAUGGGUUUUGUUUGGAGGGCUCAAAACGAGCUCUUAUAUAUGAGUACAUGGCCAAUGGUUCUUUGGAUAAGCAUAUCUACUCGGAGAACCCCAAACAAAUUUUAGGAUGGGAAAGACUCUAUGCAAUAGCAGUUGGGAUUGCUCGUGGACUAGAAUAUUUGCACUAUUGUUGUAAUACACGCAUUGUCCAUUUCGAUAUCAAGCCUCAAAAUAUCCUUCUUGAUCACAAUUUUUGCCCUAAGAUUGCUGAUUUUGGUUUAGCAAAAUUGUGCCAUACCAAGGAGAGCAAGCUUUCAGUGACUGGUGCUAGAGGAACAAUUGGAUUUAUAGCUCCUGAAGUGCAUUCACGAGCAUUUGGAGUGGCUUCAACAAAAUCAGAUGUUUAUAGUUACGGAAUGUUGUUGCUAGAGAUGGUUGGAGGUAGGAAAAAUAUGAAAUUAAUGGUUGAGAAGUCAAGUCAAACUUAUUUUCCAGAUUGGAUCUAUGAUCACUAUGCGCAAAAUGAUGGAUUACUAGCUUGUGAAGUUACACAUGAAGAUGAGGAAAUCGCAAGAAAAAUGAUUUUGAUUGGCCUAUGGUGCAUACAGAUAUUGCCUAUGCAUCGCCCUACAAUGACCGAAGUAUUAGACAUGUUUGAAAGAGGCUUAGAUGAAUUGGAUAUGCCAUCAAAGCAAAACUUCAGUCAAGUGCUUGAGGAUCUAGCUUAUAACAUGAAUGCAGAAAGCACAAAUCCCAGCAGUACUGCAAGAACACAAGCUUCAGUGGCAUGUUAAAAGUCAAGGAGAUAAGCCUUACUAAAAAAAUCCUACGACUGUUAACCAACUGUGUGAGAUGGGCACCUAAUGUAGAGUAAGGAAUACCCAAUACAUUAGUAUUCAUUAGUAUUAGAUGUCAUUUGGUUCACAUAUUUGUAAUACAAUGGUUAACUAAUAAUGUUAAAUCAUAUUUGUUUAAAUCCAACUGUAAUCAGAUGGCACACUAGAAAUUGAUAUCGGUCUAUUCAAAUUUAUUACCGCUGGUAUUCGAGUGUGAA